CAGGCAUUAGAAUGAUGUCUUCAGAUUCAGGUCUUCUUCACCCCGAAAAUCCCAUCAUUGUUGGAUUUGGCGGGGCUUGUGUCGAUUUUCUGGCUGUAGUGGCAUCUUUUCCCAAGCCUGACGCCAAGAUAAGAAGCACUGAACUCAAGGUCCAAGGUGGUGGAAAUGCUGCAAAUGCUUUGACAUGUGCUGCUCGUUUGGGAUUAAAGCCAAGAAUAAUUUCUAAGGUUGCGAAUGACGGUCCAGGUAAGGCUGUGCUGGAUGAGCUAGAAGCUGAUGGGGUGGAUACCUCUUUUUUUGUGGUCUCAAAGGAAGGGACUACACCAUUUAGCUACAUUAUUGUUGACAGCCAAACGAAAACAAGGACUUGUAUAUUCACUGAAGGAUAUCCUCCAUUAGUCUCAGAAGAUCUUCCACGAGCCAAUUUGUUAUCUGCACUGAAUGGAGCAAGAGUGGUCUAUUUUGAUGCAAGGAUGCCUGAAACUGCUCUUGUCAUUGCUCAAGAGGCAUUUCGCCAGAAUAUAUCUAUCUUAAUUGAUGCUGAAAGGCCUAGGGAAGGAUUGAAUGACCUACUGGAAUUGGCUGAUUGUGUUGUAUGUUCAGAAAAAUUUCCACAGGCCUGGACAGAGGCAUCAUCUAUUCCAAGAGCACUAGUUUCAAUUAUUUUAAGACUUCCAAGACUUAAAUUUGUGAUUGCAACUUUGGGAAAAGAUGGCUGCAUAAUGCUUGAGAAGUGUGAGGAUGAUGCAGAGGGUUCUCACUUAGAAGAAAUCGAUGUAGACAGCUGUUUGAUCUCAUUAACAAAGAGAAAGGACAAUAGCACAGUCAUGCCAACCUGCAUAUCCUCGUCUGUUACAAAAUUUAGAGCUGACGGGAUAGGAUGUGUGUGUGGGAGAUUAUAUUUUGGGACAGCUGAAAAGAUUCCACCAUCAGAGCUUAUUGAUACAACUGGUGCUGGGGAUGCCUUUGUUGGAGCUGUUUUAUAUGCAAUCUGUGCCAACUUGUCACCAGAGAAAAUGUUGCCAUUUGCUUCUUUUGUGGCAGCUACUAAGUGUAGAGCUCUUGGUGCUCGUAGUGGUCUUCCAUACCGCACUGAUCCACGCCUAGCAUCCUUCACAAACUAGAUUCAGCCUAAUAUACAUGAUGAAAUAAGGGUCAGCACACAAAUUGUGCUCUUGUAUUCUAGUUUUAAAUUUAUCAUUUAGCUCAAAUGUUUGUAAUUUUAUCUUAUGUUUUUAGUUGUUAUUUUGUACAUUAAAUCUUUUCUAAUUCUAGUGUGUUGUCCUGUAAUGAUUUUUCUAACACUGUGUCUAAUGAUAUACAGUAAAAAAAUUAAUAAAUAAGAAAUUUUUAUU